GAGUGGAGGCAUUCCGCCUUUGAGGGACGAAUAAUUUCUGCUUCCUGUUUCUCUGAUGGUCCCUCUUUUUUUCUCCUUCCCAGAGAUUUCAGUACGUGACAUCAACACACACAGGACACCAUGAAGUAGAGAGAGGCUGUGCUGUCUGCUUGUUGCAACCAGAAGAGGAAAAAAGGAUUAAACAAAAACAUAUAUACGUAUAGGAAGGGAGUUCAGAGAUGUGAAAAAUGUCAGGAGGUUGUUCAUGUCCUGGGUGCUCGUCUAAGUCAUUCAAACUGUACUCGCCAAAGGAACCCCCUAACGGCAACGCAUUUCCUCCCUACCACCCAGGCAGCAUGCUGGAUCGCGAUGUCGGUCCGACACCAAUGUAUCCUCCGACUUACCUGGAGCCUGGUAUUGGGAGACACACACCUUACAUGAAUCAAACUGACUACAGGAUAUUCGAGCUCAACAAACGAUUGCAGAACUGGGCAGAGGAAUGUGACAAUCUCUGGUGGGAUGCCUUUACCACAGAGUUUUUUGAAGAUGAUGCCAUGUUAACCAUCACCUUCUGUUUGGAAGACGGACCAAAGCGAUACACUAUUGGCCGGACUUUGAUCCCACGCUAUUUCCGCAGUAUCUUCGAGGGAGGAGCAACUGACCUGUACUAUGUCCUCAAACAUCCAAAGGAAUCAUUCCACAAUAAUUUUGUAUCAUUGGACUGUGACCAGUGCACAAUGGUGACACAACACGGGAAGCCCAUGUUCACUAAGGUAUGCGUGGAGGGGCGGUUAUAUCUGGAGUUCAUGUUUGAUGAUAUGAUGAGAAUUAAGACCUGGCAUUUUAACAUCCGGCAACACCGUGAGCUGAUCCCACGCAGCAUCCUUGCAAUGAAUUCCCAGGACCCACAGAUGCUGGAUCAGUUGUCAAAGAACAUCACAAGAUGUGGCCUGUCCAACUCUACUCUCAACUACCUCCGACUCUGUGUUAUUUUAGAGCCAAUGCAGGAGUUGAUGUCCAGGCAUAAAACCUACAGUUUAAGCCCAAGGGAUUGCCUCAAAACAUGCCUGUUCCAAAAGUGGCAGCGGAUGGUUGCUCCCCCUGCUGAACCAGCCAGGCAGGCACCAAGCAAACGCAGGAAAAGGAAAAUGUCUGGGGGCAGCACCAUCAGCAGUGGCCCAAAUUCCAACGCCAACAGCAACAACAAAAAGAAGAGUCCGGCUAGUAGCUUUGCGCUGUCCAGUCAGGUACCUGACGUGAUGGUGGUGGGUGAGCCCACCCUGAUGGGGGGCGAGUUUGGCGAUGAGGACGAGCGGCUUAUCACACGUUUGGAGAAUACACAGUAUGAUGCAACCAAUGGCAUAGACGACGAGGACAGCUUCAACAACUCCCCUGCGCUGGGAGCCAACAGCCCCUGGAACAGUAAGCCUCCAUCGAGCCAAGAGAGCAAGUCAGAGAACCCAACAUCACAGGCCUCACAGUAAAGAUGUACAAGACAGCCAGUGCCGUUCCAAAACCCAAAAUAAAUCUACCUUUCAAAGUAAAAAACAAGUGGAGGUACCGGGGGCUGGUUUGUCACUGUGCAACCAACUUGUGCCGCCAAUGAUGCAAGCAUCAAUCACUGAUCUCUCCUUCCCAAACUAUCACUAAUUAUUGGAUAUAAUACCUGCUUCUAUAGAUUUUCUUAGCUACUUCAAAGUAUUUUCAUUUUAAUUAUCUGUCUUUGAAAAAAAGUGUUAAUAAACAGCUUGCUGCUGAGAAGAUUUAAAACCUGCGCCAAUUCUAGCUCCUCUCUGUUCCUGCUGAGCGUUCUGUCAUUUGGGCUUUGGACAGGAAAAGAAAUUGCUGUUCUAGAGGCUUCCACAGCUGGCACAGUAGGCAAAUGAGCCACCCGUGCAUUCUGGGUUGUACGGACCAGGAUUUUCCGAAGUUCGGUCUCCUGGACUGUGCUGCGAUAACUGAUUUCAGCAGAGAAUAUGAGCGGGGACGGGUUGCUACAAUUGGCCUCAGUUAGGGGCCCCACUCGUCUGUAUGAUCACCAUCUGGUGACAUAGAUAUGAUACCAUUGCAUGAUUGUUGAGUGAAGAUGGCACUGUGAUGCCCAAUGUGGUUGAAUAGCGCACAGCCACAUACUCUCUUAGAUUUCAUGAAGAAUGGAACACCUGGACAGGCAAUUUGUGCCAAUGGCGCUGUAAGUGAUAAGUGAGAAUGGGGUAAACACUGGGGAUGGGGGAGGGGGUGUUGAUUCUUGGUAUCCAGAUUUUCUGUUUCUUCAUCAAUAAGACUUCUAGAAACCACAUCCCCACAUAAACUCCUUAGCGUGAGUUUCCAAGACAAAUCUACAGUGACACACACAUCUGAAUCCGCCAAACCCCUGCAUUUUUAAAGCAGCGAUGGACUCCAUGGCUUGUAUAUUCUUUGAAAGGAUAUUGAUGAUUUUAUUGCAUGGUAUUCAAAAAACAUUUAAGCUUAUUUGUUAGUAAAGUAUUCAUAGAAAUUGUGAUGAUUCUCUCCAGACCUUCAGAAGCUGAUUCAAUGAAUAGAUAAGUUCAGUAAAUCAGACACAUCCCAGGUGUGUCGCUCCUGGGCAAAGCUGAAUUUGGCAUCUUGCUCAGGGCAAUGCCAUGGGCACUACACUUGGCCUCAGCACCCUUGGGCUGGAGGGGCAAAAACACCUGGUCAUGACUGAUAUCCCGUGAUUAAUACUGGAAAAUUACUGUGUCUGGAUAUAAUGUGAGGACAGAAUCAAUCUUGGCUGUGAUAACUCUCUUAGUUAAAUACCCUGCUACCACUCACUGUCUUAGCAUGUAUGUGAAGACUGGCCGUUUAAAUGCGGUGCUGGAGACCCCUUCAAGUUCUGACUGAUGCUGACAGAUCUUCUGCUGCUUUCUGAUGUUUCAGAUUUCAUACGUAGAUUUGUCAUUUCAAUUGUUGGUCUUUGGCCAUGCUUAGACAUUAUUGUCCAUGAGGUAGGUAUCUUGUCAAGUUUUAUUUUAAUACAGGAUGCCUCUCAUGGUUUGGAGUGCAAAUAUUUCCAAAUCUGCUCUUUAACUAACGCAACAAACUAGUUCUCUUUUUAAUGUGCAUUGUGAAACUGGUCAAGGAUCACACAAGUUCUUGACCUAAAUCAACUGGAACAGUGAAUCUAUUGUUUUGGGUCCUGUGAGCUAGAGUCUAGAACCUCACAGUGGAUCUAGUGGUUAUGGAUCCUGUGAACUGAGAUUCCAAAGUGCUCCUCUGUACAGUGCAGUACUUUUACACACUCUUGGGGAGAUUGCUCAGCUUUGACUGUAGCCUGCAUUUCAAUUUUAAAUAAAAAGAACUUGCAUUUAUAUAGCGCCUUUCACAACUUCAGGACGUCCCAAAGAGUUUUACAGCCAAUUACUGUAAAGUUUUGAAGUUUAAUCAUGAUUGAAAUGUAGGAAAAUUAAGUCCUAAUGGUUGUAGAGUCUGCAGGUCUGUAUUGGACAAAUGCAUCUCUACCUAGUAGAUUUCUAAGUAUUAAUACAAAAAUAAAGAAAUAGUUAAUAUAGUCACUUGGUGGUACAGAUCUAGAAUGUGGGAGAAAGUGAGGACUGCAGAUGCUGGAGAUCUGAGUCAAAAAGUAUGGUGCUGGAAAAGCACAGCAGGUCAGGCUCCUUGGAUGCUGCCUGACCGGCUGUGCUUUUCCAGCACCACACUUUUUGAUUCCGAUCUAGAAUAUGCUGAGAAAAGAAAUUUAGUGCAAGAUAAAAAGCUUAGGCAAAUUGUCUCUUUUCAGUAAGAUUCAAACAGAUAAUAUAUGAAAAUCAGACAAAAAACAGGAAUUGUAGGAAAGACAUAGUAAAAGUAUAAGAAUAUAUUUUGGAUGUCCAGAUUGCAAGUUUUGGCAUGGAGUGGUAUUAGAUUGCGAAAAGGGGUCCACACCCAAAACAUUAACCUGCAAUUUCUCUUUACAGACACUGACAGAUCCACAGUGUGUUUCUGGUGUCUUUUCUUACCGUAGUCUGAUAAAAAUGCAUUCCAAAUGAGACAGUUUAGAACCAGUCCUGAAUCCUAGCACUGUGAUCCAGUUGAUUGAUGUCAAUGCUGUUCCUUUGCUGGAUUCAGUUGGAGAUGCCAUGGAGAUGAACUACUGGUUGCCACUGACACAUCAGAAUCAAUAAAUAAGUCAAUCCUGUGCUGUGGGGUUGUGUUAAUGACCUUGGAAAGGCUUAACUGAACCAUACAUUGAUGUAGACAGUCAACAAGCACAGUAUGCAUGUACAAAGUCUUGACAGUAGCACUGUCAAUCAGACUUGCCCCUUCUCCUCAUCCCCACCUCUUAAAAGGGAAUACAGUUUCUGGAAAAUGUAUAUCUGUAAUAGUACCUUUUUAAACAAAAAUGUUUUUGAAGUUAAAGUUUUGCCAGAAUGAACUUUACCCGCCACACCUAACCCCUGGUACCUAUUUGAACAGAGACAGUGAGGUGGAAACAGAGAAUUCUUGGCUGCUUGACAUGAUUUUCUACUUGGCUGUAAAUCUGUAGAGAGACAGUACAAAUAUAAGAUGCACAUUGUCUUGUUUUAUACAGCAAAAGAAAUCUGGAAAAAAAUUAAAAAGGCAUAAUGCUGAACAAUUUCCCCUCAAAAUUGUUUGUAAUGUUUUUUAAUGUUAUCUUGUGUAGGGGAAAUGUGUUUUAUUUUCUUUGUUUCAAAGCCUUUCCUUGUUCCGUGUAUCUCUGCUUGUAUAUUAAAUGCUAGUACUUAACGAUCUGUAUUGCUG